GCACAGAAAAGUCUCAACAAUAGGGUUGCACAUACAUACUAAAGUAAUUUGUUGCCAAUGCAAUAAAAAUGAUAGCGAUUACACUUCAAAUCUGGCAAGUAAGGAACCCAAUGGAAGGAUUCGGGCGGAGUUAACUCCUACUGAAAUGCAUUUUUCAACCAAUGAAUUGAAAUAAUUUAUCUUGAGACAACCUCAUUAUAACAAUUUAGUUGAUCAUUACUGGUACGAUUGUGUAGUGUAUUUGUAUUUGUAUGUACGAUUGUGUAGUGUAUUAAUUUCAGCAAACUAUUGUGGUAUUCGUGAAUUUUGAUUAUUGUUAACCCGGCAAAAGCGAAGAACCACGAUUCUGGAGUAUACAUCGGAGAACACUUUCCUUCCUUGAGUAAACGUAUCGAUAUUUAUUUACAAUUUUGGUUAUAACUGCGAAGAAGCAGUUUAUUUUAAAAAUGGCUCAUAAUAAUGAUGAAACCUCUAUUAAUGAAGAUGAAGAAAUGAAUGAUCGUGAAUUUGAAAGUAAUGAUCAGAAACCCGAAAAAAUGUUUACUUUAAAGAAAUGGAAUGCUGUCGCUAUGUGGAGUUGGGAUGUUGAAUGUGACACUUGUGCUAUUUGCCGAGUCCAAGUUAUGGAUGCAUGUUUGAGAUGCCAGGCUGAAAAUAAACAGGAUGAUUGUGUUGUUGUUUGGGGUGAAUGCAAUCAUUCAUUUCAUAAUUGCUGUAUGUCAUUAUGGGUAAAGCAGAAUAACAGAUGUCCCUUAUGUCAGCAAGACUGGCUUGUCCAAAGAAUAGGAAAAUAAUUAUGUAUAUAUUUUAACAUGCAUUGUAUAUUGUUUUUAAAUUACUUAAUAAACUAAUAUCUUUUUUUCCCUCUCAGAA